AUGGGUAUCAAGGGCGUGCAAGAAGUUAUCACACCGGAGUCCCUCACUGGGACAACCGUCUACGAACAAUAUCCUGGGGUGAAGAACAUUCUGAUCACUGGUGGAGCUGGGUUUAUAGGAAGCUGGGUGGCACGCCACUUUGUGCUAAAGUAUGCCGGCACAUACCAUGUGAUUGUGAUGGACAUCAUGGCCAGCGCGGCAUCAAAGAACAACGUCGCAUGUCUCCAGGACAAGGCCAACUUCCACUUCGUUCAGGGAGAUAUCCUGGACCGGGAGUCAAUUAUCAACAUCCUUGAAAAGUACGAGAUCCACGCCGUCUUCCACUUUGCAGCCGAGAGCCAUGUCCAGAAGUCCUUUAGCGAUCCGUUCGCUUUCACGCGGAUGAACGUCUUCGGCACGCACAACCUGCUGGAUGCCAUGCGGCACUACGGCAAGAUCGUGCGUUACGUCCAUGCCUCGACGGACGAGGUCUAUGGCGAAACACAGGGCAAAGAAACUGAUGAACGGGCCCUGUUGAGCCCCACCAACCCCUAUGCGUCCAGCAAGGCCUCCGCCGAGAUGUAUGUCAUGGCCUACCACAAGAGCUUCAACAUCCCGGCGUUGAUUCUUCGCUGUAACAACGUGUUUGGCCCGUGUCAAUUCCCCGAGAAGAUCGUCCCCAAGUUCACUCGUCUCAUGAUGGAUGGACAGAAACUCACCAUGCAGGGUGAUGGCACGCGCACAAGAAACUUCCUGUAUGUUUCUGAUGUCGUGGAUGCCUACGACACUGUGCUCCACCACGGUGAGCUCGGCGAAAUCUACAAUGUCAGCUCGUCAUUCAACGUCAGCGUGCGCAGUGUCGCCGACGGCGUCCUUGCAUCUUUCGGAUAUGACCCCGUCAAGGAUUUCCAGAAGAAUGUCACGCAGAUCCCGGAUCGACCCUAUAACGACGAGGAUUACGUGGUGGUUGGAGACCGGUUGAAGGAUAUUGGCUGGAAGCAGAACAUCGACUUCGAGAAGGGUCUUACGACGUCGGUGAACUGGUAUAGACAGAAUGUGGAUACGUGGUGGGCGGCUGCGUGA